AUGUCAGUCACAAUGUGCCAAACCAUGGGCUUUGUAGUCUCAGCCUUGGGCUUCGCUGGCAUCAUUGCUUCCACAUGUCUGGAUAUGUGGAGUACACAGGACCUUUAUGAUAAUCCUGUGACUGCAGUAUUUAACUACCAGGGACUAUGGAGAAGCUGCGUACGACAAAGUUCUGGAUUCACAGAGUGCCGACCCUACUACACCAUUCUUGGGUUACCAGCUAUGUUCCAGGCAGUCAGAGCUUUGAUGAUUGUAGGAAUAGUACUUGGGGCAAUUGGAUUACUUAUUUCCAUCUUUGCCCUGAAAUGUAUCAGGAUUGGAAGUAUGGAAGACAGUGCCAAAGCCAAUAUCACUCUGACAUCUGGAGUAAUGUUCAUUGUUGCAGGUCUUUGCUCCAUAAUCGGUGUGUCUGUCUUCGCUAAUAUGCUGGUGACCAAUUUCUGGAUGACCACCUCUACCAUGUAUACAGGGGGAGCUAUCAGUGGCAUGGGAGGUAUGGGAGGUCUCCAGACACUUCAGACAAGAUACACAUUUGGAUCUGCUCUGUUUGUUGGAUGGGUUGCUGGUGGCAUUACAUUAGUUGGUGGAAUCAUGAUGUGCAUAGCAUGCAGAGGUCUAAUGCCUGAGGAAACCACUUACAAAGCUGUCUCCUACCACGUAUCCGCCAAAAGUCCAGGCUACAAAACAUCAGCGUACGAAGACAAGAGCAAGAAAUCCAUUUACAAUGAGUCUCGACGCAGCGAGGAUGGCAAGAGUUUCCCUUCCAAAUAUGACUAUGUGUAACUUCGGGAAUUACCUCAAAUUUAUCUAGAGUGACAGAAUGUGUAAAAUGCAAAUUAAAGAGCCCUGUAUUUAGUGACAUUACUUUACAAAACCAAGGAGUCAUUGCCAGACUGGGAACCAAGUUCAGGCCUCUUUAAUUUGUAUAUGUCAGGAUACUGAAUGUCACAUACAUAUUAUCCCCACUUUAGUAUCAUUGUGGUUUUUGUAUAUAUUUUAUUUUCUGAGCUCUGAAAAAAUUAUUCUCAAUUUUAGGUUUAGGCCAUCACAACUAUUUACCGUACACCUACAAUGGUCCAAACACUCAAUUUUUGACAGGAUUGGUCGACCAUAUAAUGUGUAUGGGGCUUCCCGCCUAGUGGCAGAUGUCGGCAAAGGCAAUAGUUGGGUAUAUUAGAUUUCAACAUGCCCGAUCAGUGUUUUUUUGGGGAGAUAAGCCUGAGAGAUAAGUCUGGGAGUGACUUUUUCAGAAGACAUGCAAGUUUUUGUGUGUAUAAAGCAGUUCUUCCCAACCAGGGUGCUUCCAGC